CACUCCACAUUCAAAUUUCAUGCCAUUAGUUUCCACUCUUCCUAGUGACGUCAGUUGAAUGCUCUGAGAAUCCUCAAAAGAAAUCUCCGAACUGCAUUUUCAUUCACAGAGGAAAGUAAGUGACGUCAGUUGAAUGCUCUGAGAAUCCUCAAAAGAAAUCUCCGAACUGCAUUUUCAUUCACAGAGGAAAGUAUGAGUCUUGCAAAUCCUAGUACAACUUGGGCAAACACCCAUUCUUUUUGCGGUAGAUUCAGAUCCGGGUCUCUCAUAAAAAACAAUGAAUUCCGCAUAAAUAUGUCAUUCCCAAGCUCAAUCAAGAAACCGCUGUUUCAUUCUUGUUCUGCGAUUCUCACCAAGGAGCAGGCUAAUGCAAUUCCCCAGGAAGAGAGCGAGAACAAGAAACCGACCAAGCUUGAUUUCAAGGCGUACGUGUUGGGGAAGGCGAGUUCGGUGAACAAGGCGCUGGAAGCGGCGGUGUUGCUGAAGGAGCCGCGGAAGUUUCACGAAGCCAUGAGGUACUCUCUCCUCGCCGGCGGGAAGAGAAUCCGGCCAAUGCUAUGCAUCGCCGCCUGCGAGCUCGUCGGCGGGGACGAGGCCACCGCCAUGCCGGCGGCCUGCGCGGUUGAGAUGAUUCACACCAUGUCUCUGAUGCACGACGACCUUCCGUGUAUGGACAACGACGAUAUGCGGCGAGGGAAGCCCACGAACCACAAGGUUUACGGGGAAGGCGUGGCGGUUCUCGCCGGGGAUGCCUUGCCGGGGUUUGCCUUUGAGCAUAUAGCCACCGCCACAAAAGGGGUUCCCUCAGAGAAGAUAGUGAGGGUUAUUGGUGAAUUGGCUAAGUCCAUUGGCGCUGAGGGGCUGGUGGCUGGGCAGGUGGUGGAUAUAUGCUCAGAGGGCAUCUCCGAUGUGGGAUUAGAACAUUUGAAGUUCAUUCAUCUCCACAAAACCGCAGCUUUGCUGGAGGCCUCUGUGGUUCUGGGAGCGAUUCUGGGUGGUGGAACUGAGGAAGAGGUUGCUAAAUUAAGGAAAUUCGCCCGAAACAUCGGGCUGUUGUUUCAGGUUGUUGAUGACAUUCUUGAUGUCACCAAAUCCUCCAAGGAAUUGGGGAAGACAGCUGGGAAGGAUUUGAUUGCUGACAAGGUGACUUAUCCUAAGCUUCUUGGGAUUCAGAAGUCCAGAGAGUUUGCUGAGCAGCUGAACAAAGAGGCUCAGGCUCAGCUCUCUGGCUUUGAUCAAGGCAAGGUUGCCCCUUUGAUCGCCUUGGCCAAUUACAUUGCUUACCGGGAGAACUGAUUCCCACUAAGUGAGUCGAUUCUCGUACUA